AUGCGGACCCACCUCUGUUCUACCUUCGUGGAUCAGACGAAAGCCUUCGACAUGGUGAAUCGCGAAGGACUGUGGAAAAUCAUGCAGGAAUUCGACUGUCCCGAGCGAUUCACUCGGAUGGUGCGUCAGCUCCACGAUGGCAUGAUGGCGCGAGUCGCGAACAAUGGAGCUGUUUUAGAGGCAUUCGCAGUGACCAGCGGAGUGAGACAGGGCUGCGUCCUCGCGCUUACACUCUUCAGUCUCAUGUUCUCUGUCGUGCUGGUGGAUGACAACCGCGACGAACGCCCUGGUAUCCACAUCGCCUACAGUACGCACGGCCACCUCAAUCAGCGACGGAUGCACUUCCAGUCGCGUGCUUCCAUAACCACCGUCCAUGAACUUCUCUUCGCCGACGACUGCGCUUUCAACGCCACCUUCGAGUACGAAAUACAAAGGAACAUGGAUCUCUUCGUCGAAGCCUGUGACAACUUCGGCCUGGUCACCAACAUGGAAAAGAUUUUGGUCAUGCAUCAACCGUCGCCCGACGCUGCCUACGUUGCCCUCAAAUCAACGUGA